AUGCCGCCAGCACCACAUACAGCAAAACUGACCUCAACCCUUCACCUUCUGAUCCCGCGCCUCCGCCUCCUUCAAAAGAAAUCCACCGCGUCCUCCGUCGUGCAGCGUCGCGAACUCGCGCAGUUGCUUGAGAACCACCGGGAUGCUUCGGCGCGUAUCCGUGUCGAGAAUGUCAUCACUACUGAUAUCGCUGUCGAGGUUAUGGAGAUGGUUGAGCUUUACUGCGAGCUACUCCUUGCCAGGGCGGGCGUCUUGGAUGGAUUGGCUUUUGGGGAAGCUGGCCAGAAGAUGAGGAGCAGGGUUCGGGAGGAGAUGGCGAGACAGACGAAGGGCUUAGGGCCAAGUGGCGCGGAUGGGGCGAAGAAGGAGAAAGGUGGGAGUGGAGGGGGAGGGGGCGGCGGGCUCUUCGGGUUCUUUGGCAGGGGGACAAAACAGCCAUUGCAACAACCACAGACUACGAGCACGAACACGACUGCAACCCCAGCACAAGAUGUGGAACAAGACCCAGACUCAGAGGCUGCAGCCGCAGCCGCAACCCAAGGAGAAGACACGGGCGCAACAGAAACAUACUAUCUCGACGCCGCGCUAGACGAAGCCUCCGUUGCAAUCUUCUACGCCUGGUCCCGCUUUCCCACCGAAGUACGCGAGCUUACGCUCCUGCGCUCUCUUCUCGCAGAUCGUUAUGGAAAAGACUUUAUGAGUCUCGCAUCGGAAAAUAAACUUGCUGGCGUGAAGGUUCCCGAACGGUUAGUCAAGGGCUUAAGGGUCCGUCCACCGAGCAAAGAGUUGGUGGAGAGUUAUCUGCGGGAAAUUGCGCGGGCUUAUAAAGUUCCGUGGGAAGAUGAAGACCAGGAGCUGGAAGCGGGACCUCAAUUUGUUGAUGAAGACGUGGGUGGAGAUUUAGGUGGUCCUGGGGACGAACAUGAGAGAUUCGGCGAGGUUGUCAGGCGGGCAUCAGAGACAGCGGAGUUGACGCGCGCCACGCCGCCGCGGGGCUUCAAUGCGCAUUCGAGUCCUGUGAGCGUUGCGCCGCCGGGGCCAAGGCCUGAUAAUCCGAAUCCGAGGGUGAAGGUUCCAGAUGAGAAAGGAAAGGGUGGCGAUGAGUUAUCUCCAAGUCCGAGUCCUAGUGCACAGCGUGCAAGGAUUGGGGCUGGUGAUAAGAGUGGGAUUCCGGAUGUGGAUGAGUUGUCGAGGCGGUUUGCGGCGCUGAAGCGGUAGAAUACCGUAUCCAUUUCCAUUCACUGGUUUCUUUAAUAUAUACAACCGGAUGUCCAAUGCUUUAUGUUAUGACGAGUUAUGGAAUCUUUGCAUGUAUUAUGUACGGAGUACCCAGUUCUGAUCUAACCCAGAUGCUUCUCUC